AGUCUUGCUUCCUUUCCUCUCCCUCCGAUCUCCUCUUCGUCGUGCUACUGCCACGUCGCGGGCUCUCUCCGUGCCUCCUCUCCCUUGCGCUACCAUCAUCACGCGCUGCCGCAAGGGGUGGACGGAUCCGUGCGUGCCGACAUCGCCAUGGCCUGGAUACGAAACGCACAAGCCCUGCCGUCGCCGCCGCAACUCCUCCUAGUGCGACUGUCGGUCGCCCCGGCGGGAGGAAGCAGAUCUACGCCUCCGUGGAGGCCUCCGCCGUCUUCGCCGCUAGGAGGCCGCUGUCCGUCACACCAAAACAAACCAAGAACAGAGCAGAGCACGGCCGGCGAGUCAACAGUCAAGCAUGGCGACCGGCGCAGGCGAGGUGCGGCACUGGACCGCGGCCGUGAACGGCAUCUCGCUCCACGUGGCCGAACAAGGCCCCACCACCGGCCCGGCGGUGCUCCUCCUCCACGGCUUCCCCGAGCUCUGGCUGUCGUGGCGCCACCAGAUGUCCGCCCUGGCGGCGCGGGGCUACCGCGCGCUGGCCCCGGACCUCCGCGGCUACGGAGACUCCGAAUCACCCGCCGGCGGGCCCGCCGCCUACACCAUGCUCCACGUGGUCGGCGACGUGGUGGCGCUCCUCGACCACCUCCGGCUCCCCGACGCGCUGGUGGCGGGCCACGACUGGGGCGCGCAGGUGCUGUGGCACCUCUGCCUGUUCCGGCCCGACCGGGUCCGCGCCGCCGUCGCCCUCGGGGUGCCCUACCUCCCCCGGUCGCCGGCCCCCAUGGCCGACCUCUUCGCGGCCCGCGGCGACGGCUUCUACAUGACGCAGUUUCAGGAGCCUGGAAGAGCCGAGAAAGCAUUCGCUAAGUACGACGUCGCGACUGUCCUAAAGAAGUUCUAUUCCCUUGAGCUAGACGACCUCUCUGCUCCUCCUGGAGUGGAGGUCAUAGAUUUCUUCCAGGCAUCGUCGUCGCCGCUUCCUUGGAUGACCGAGGAAGAACUACGCCAGUACGCCGACAAGUUUCAGAAGACCGGCUUCACGGGGGGGCUCAACUACUACCGCGCCAUGGACUUGACUUGGCAGCUUACUGCGCCCUGGCAUGGUGCAAAGAUCAUGGUGCCCGUGAAGUUCAUCGCGGGCAACAAGGACGUCGGUGUCGAGUCCUUUGGAAUGAGGCACUACAUCGACAGCGGGGAGUUCAAGUCCAAUGUUCCGAAUCUUGAGGUUGUGAUCAUCGAAGGCCACCAUUUCCUCCAGCAAGAGCAGGCCGAGAAGGUGACCUCUGAGAUACUGUCCUUCUUGGAAAAGUUUAUAUAAUCUGGACUAAGAAAAAAGACAGAGGAUGUUGUAAGGCUGUUUUAGAUUCUGUGAGGUUUACAUUUCCUGAACUGAAAUCUAUUUACUCGAAUAAAAGAGCAUGUAAAAUACUACAGAUGACUAUGCAAUAAAGCGGGUUUCUUAUCAAUAAAGCGGAUAGGCAUAUUGCUCU